UCUGAGAAGCUGUGAAAAGAGAGUCGCUGGGACUGAGAAGCUCAUUCAGCCUGCUGGUGGGACGAGGCUAUCAACUGGAAGCUUCAGCGAAAUCACUGGCUUCUCAAAUUCAAGCCUUCUUCAACACAUCAAGACGAUGUGCGACUUUGAUCUAUCUCAAGCUUUAGACAGCUCAUCCGACUCAGACGAGACAGGAUGUGAAUCCCGUUGCUUUAACAUGACGGAGGUUCAGGAGGAGAUCAUCAGACUCAACGAGGGACUGGAUCUCGUGGUUUCCCAGAACCAAAAAACGCUGAAGUCUGUCACCACUCUGCUGAUGGUGGUGAACAGGAUGAAUCGCUCUCUAGCUCGCUGUGGUUGGGGGCUCAGCGAUGGCGAGCUCUGCAGCGCCAUCAUGGAGAGCCUGGUGACCGAAACAAUCAUCACGAUGACCGAGAGCUCGUCCGCGGACCUGAAGAGGAGAUUCCGGCGUAUCAGCAGCUGGGAGGUUUGUACUCUGUGUGACACUUCACAGAAAGAAGUCGUCCAAGCAUCCGGAGACAUAAAACUACAGGCCAUCACUCUGAAGGGAGGAAACUGUGAACGCAAAGUGAGUUUUAAAGUGGCGAGGUACCUCAACCCGAGCGUCCCACCUGGAGACGUUCUGACCGUCCUCCUGUCCAUCACCAACAACCAGCACAUCUGCUGCUCCAUGGAGGACGGACAAGCUGUGCUGAAGCUGGAGGAAUGCUGCAAGCAAAAGUUACAAAACAUCAGCGCCGAUGAAGACAUGGACCGGUUCCUCUUCUACAAGAGAACUGAGGGAGUCUCUCUGAACACGUUCGAGUCCGUUAAGUGUGGCGGUUGGUUCAUCAGCACUUCCUGUCAGGGUGAAAACCAGCCGGUGGAGAUGUGUAGAAGAGUAGAAGUGGACGCUGCUCGCCGCCUCAACAGCUUUAAACUAAAUUAGAACACGUUGCUGUAGUACAGUUUGAAUGUUUCCAGAAAUAUGCUGAUUUAUAUUUGACCUUUAUUCUGCUUCACCACCAGAUGGAGCAGCUGUCUGCUAACGUUCCCUCGACCUGUCUUUAAUAAUUCACGAACAGUUUGACUUUAUAACAUUUCUACUCACGGACAAAAUGUUUUGUACUAAAUUAAUUCAUCUCCUUUGAAAGAGAAAGUUGUAACAGGAUAUUCCUCACAAUGUGUUCGCUUAUUAUUGUAAAGAAAGUUACAUUUGUUUCCAUAAAUACGUCUCGUGUGUGUUGUUUUGUUGAAACAGACAUGAAACAAUUAAACCAAGUUUAAAUGUGUAAUGCGUUUAAUCAGUCUGAAUAUUUUAUGUGUUUUCUGAUGAAGUAUUUCAGGUGUGAUCAGGUACUCUAGUACUUUAUUAAAAGUGUUUCCAUGAAGGAUAUAAACGACAUGUUAAUCUUUGUUUUUACAAAUCAUACAGUUGCAAC